AUGACGGCUUCAACGACAGACGACGACGGGUCCGCCUCCGAGUUUUGGCUCUACGGCUACGGGAGCCUCAUCUGGAAACCUCCCCCUCACUUUGACAGACGAGUCCCCGGCUGGGUGACGGGCUACGUCCGGCGCUUCUGGCAGGUCUGUGGCCCAGCUCCCCUUCCUUCUAUGCCCAGAUUGACGGACGCUCUUGCUAACCCGCCUCCGCAGGCUAGCGAGGACCACAGAGGCACCCCCGAGGCCCCCGGUCGCGUCGUGACCCUCAUCGAGCGCGCCUACUGGGAAAAGCUCACCGACCACCACGACUCGGCCCCCGAGCGCGUCUGGGGCGUCGCCUACCGCAUCAUCCCCGAGCGCGUCGCCGAGGUCAAGGAGUAUCUCGACAUCCGCGAGAUCAACGGCUACUCCAUCCAUUACACGCCCUUCCAUCCUGCAGACGGCUCUCCGCCCAUCUCCACCCUCGUCUACAUCGGCACCCCGGACAACGAGCAGUUUGUCGGCCCCCAGGACCCUAACAAGCUGGCCCGCCACGUCCUCGCCAGCCGCGGCCCCAGCGGCCUCAACAAGGAAUACCUCUACAACCUCGACGUCGCUCUCGACGAGCUGAGCCCCGGGAGCGGCGACGUGCACGUCAGCGAUCUCGCCUCUCGCGUCAAGGCCCUGGAGCAUGACCAGACCGUCGCGUCGCCGUCUCCACCACCCGCCAACGCACACUUCAAACGACGCAGCAGCAUAACGGAGGCUGAGGAGCUCGAAAAGGCUUGA